CCAUUAGAAGUGGGUAACUUGAAAAAUCUCGGGGUGUUGGUAAUCUCUGAGAACAAUUUUUCAGGUGAAAUACCAAACACACUUGGCAGUUGUACUAGCUUGGAACACCUAUAUAUGGCCGGUAACUCCUUUCAAGGAUCAUUGCCUCUUUCCUUUGAGAAUUUAAGAGCACUACAAGAAGUGGAUCUUUCACGCAAUAAGUUAUCCGGGGUGAUUCCUGAGUAUCUUGGGAAUUUUUCAUCCUUGGAGAGACUCAAUCUCUCUUUCAAUGAUUUUGAGGGUGAAGUACCAAAACAGGGUAUCUUUGCAAAUGCAAGUGCAAUUUCAGUCAUUGGAAACAAGGGUCUCUGUGGUGGUACACCAGAACUACAAUUAGCUAGAUGCUUCACAGAAGCCAUUCACAAAGGAGGGAAGGCAUCUGUAUCAAGUAUCAAAACCAUCGUUUUUGUUGUGAUUUUGACAGUUGUUGUUGUCAUUUCAUGUUCUGUCGGUAUCUUCUUUUGGAUGAGACGUCCAAGGAAGAGAGAUUUUGUUGAAUCUUCGCACAAUAAAUGGCACUUACGUCUCUCUUACUUGGAGCUAUUUAGAUCAACUAAUGGAUUUUCAGUGGAUAAUUUGGUUGGUUUUGGUAGUUUUGGUUCUGUGUAUAAAGCUUUUUUGCAAGAAAGUGAAGAAGUAGUUGCUGUGAAAGUGUUCAACCUUCAGCAACGAGGAGCUUCUAAAAGUUUUGCAACUGAAUGCGAGACCUUGAAAAACAUUCGGCAUCGUAAUCUUGUCAAAAUAUUGACAGCCUGCUCAAGUAUUGAUUUUGAAGGGAAUGAAUUCAAUGCUUUAGUUUAUGAGUUCAUGCCCAAUGGGAGCUUAGAGGAAUGGUUGCAUCCAAGAAUUGGUCAGAUCAAGGGUCUGAACCUUAUUCAAAGGUUAAACAUAGCCAUUGAUGUGGCUGCUGCCAUUGAAUAUCUUCAUUUUGAUUGCGAAACUCCUAUCAUUCAUUGCGAUCUAAAGCCAAGUAAUGUGCUUCUUGACAAAGAUAUGACUGCCCAUGUUGGUGAUUUUGGACUAGCACGAUUUCUUUCUGAAAGAUCCAACGAUCAAAGCACAUCAACUGGGAUAAAAGGAUCAGUUGGGUACGUUCCUCCUGGUAUGGGUUUCAUCUUAUUAACUUCCAUAUGUUGUUUCUUUUGGUAUAUAUAUAAUGUGAUACGUGGUCACUCUUUGAUCACUAAAAGAUUUAUAUGAUGUAAUCUGAUGAAGUAGAUUGCUAAUGAAUUGUAGAGUACGGUAUGGAUGUCCAAGUGUCCGUACUUGGUGAUGCAUUCAGCUAUGGGGUCAUAUUACUGGAGAUGUUUACAGGAAAAAGUCCCAUUGAUAACAUGUUUAAAGAUGGUCGAAGUCUCCAUGAAUAUGUUGCAGCCGCGUGGCCUGAACGACUGAUGGAGAUUGCAGAUCCUUUAUUGUUCUUGGAAGAAGAAGAAGAGAUCAGAAAUAACAGAGAAGAAUCACCGAUUGUCCAUGAAAGGAGUAGAAGUGGCAUUAAUGCUAGAGAACAAAUCAGAGAAAGCUUGCUUCUUAUAAUUCAAAUCGGCCUCUCAUGUUCUAACCCAUCACCGAGAGAUCGGAUGACUAUGAAGGAUGUUGGAAACAAAUUGCAUGUUGUUAGAGAUUUAAUUCUUUGAAAAACAAAAUAGGAGCAAAUUGGGACAUUAACACAGCUGAGAUUCAAAGUAAAAUCUAUCACAAUGUUGUAGUGUGCCCAGUUU